AUGAUACAAUCCGAGGUCUUCAUAUUCAACAUCGGCAAAGACAGCCGCAGAAGAAGUUUCUCAGUGCAUUCCAAAGUCGUCGCUGCAACAUCUUCGUAUUUUCGGGCGCUUGUCAAUAACGGCAUGGUGGAGUCGUGCACGAAGACAGUCGAGUAUCCUGACGUUGAACCUGAAGACUUUGCCCGCUUUAUUGAGUAUGCAUAUCGCAAUGACUAUUGUGUCCCUACAUGGGUGCAUGAAAAAACGGACGAGAAAGACAAGGCGUUGCCUGUUCGAAAACCCACAGUAAUCGAAGAACCGAACCAGAGGGCAGCAUCCCUUUUUGGCCAGUCUCCUCCACACAGCUGGUUUGGCCUGCAUUCAACACCACUCUCUGGCCAGCCUGCUCGACAAGCCGGAUUCGGCCAGCCUUCUCCAACGCCCCUCUUUGGCCAGUCUGCUUCACAGGCCGGGUUUGGCGGGGAUUCUGUACGCGCUCAUUUUGACACACGCAGUUACCUCGCCGCAGAGGAUCCCAGGACAGUCAUGCUCGUGACCUUCGAGCCCAAGCACAACACCGCACCCAAUCAGGAUUUCACACCAGUGUUCCUAGGACACGCACGGCUAUACACAUUUGCUUGUAUGCGUGGAGUCGAUCCGCUCAGACGCUUGACACUACACAAGCUCCACCGAACACUACUCGGCUUCCAGCUCUACUCGCGACGCGUAUGGGACAUUGUUGAGCUUGCAAGAUAUGCAUACAAUCAGGGUGAAGACAGAAAAGUCGACGGCACAAAGGACGAAUUGAGACAGCUAGUGCUCGAGUACAUUGUACGCGAAGUGACGGUUUUCGGAAAGCAUCCAGCCUUUCUACUUCUACUGGAGGAAGGCGGAGAGUUUGUCGUCGACUUUUGGAGUCUGGUGUCCAAGGAGAAGAUUUGA